GUGUUGGGUCGACUGCACAACCUCAUUCCACAUCUGCCCAAUCCCUUGCUGCUCAGCGACUUCCUCACGGUGUCAUACGAGCAGGGCGGGGCGUGUGCAGUGGCAGCGCUGGCAUCACUGUUCCGGCUGGUGACGGAGCAUGGCUUGGAGGCGCCCCACUUCUACCCGCGCCUCUACCGCCUCCUCGACUCCUCCCUCUUCCGCGCCGCCCACCGCGCCAAGUUCUUUGAGCUGCUGGAUGUGAGUCUGGCGUCACCACUGCUCCCGGCAUACAUGGCAGCGGCCUUCACGAAGCAGCUCUUCCGCCUGUCGCUCUGCGCGCCCCCCUCGGGCGCCAUAGUGGUGGUGGCGCUCGCCCACAACCUGCUGCGCCGCCACCCCGCCAUCGCCCCCCUCGUGCACCGCGCUGCCGCCCCUGACACAUUCCAGGACAGCAGCAGUGACGAGGAGGAUGAAGGGGAAGAGAAGCAAAGCACGCAGCGAGGGCAGGACGGGCAGGCCCAGCAGGAAGGGGAGAAGAAGGAAGGGGAGAAGGGGGGGAAUGGCAAGGGCGAGGACAGCAAUGCUGACGGAGAGGAGGGUUCAGCUGGAGAGGAGGGAAGGGGGAGAAAAGAGGGGGAAGGGAAAGGAGGAGGGAGUGGAGAGAGGGCGGCAGGAGCAGGGGAGGAGGGAGGCAGAGGGGGGAGGCCAACAGGGAGGGAUCCGUUUGACGAGGAUGCCACCGACCUCAUGGCUGCUCGUGCCCUUGACAGCAGCCUGUGGGAGGUGGAGGCACUGCAGCGCCACUACUGCCCCGCUGUCUCACGGUUCGUGGCAUCACUGGAGAAGGACCUAUCGGAGCGCAGCAGCACGGUGGAGCUCAACGUGGCCGACUUCUCCGCCACCUCCUACGGCACCAUCAUGGCUGAUGAGUUGGGGCGGCGAGUGAAGACGGUGCCACUGGCCUUCUUUGAGCGCACACCGACCACCCUCUUCCCCACCUCCUCAUCCUCCCCUUCUGCAUCUGCCAUUCCACAAUUUGGUAGUUUCCCCGGGUGGAAGUUGUUUUAA